UCUUUGUGUUUGGCAGAUUCCAUUGAACUAACUUCCGACAAAGAUCCUCUCUUAUCCUUUCUUCAGCUCCUCCAUUGGUUUAGCUACAAGAGCAAAGGUCUCUCCUUUACUUGUUCUAACAAAGCUCCUCCCCUUAGUCAGCUUAUCUCUGACGGAGAAAUCAAAAUGGGUUUCUUAAGUAUUUGCAUUAGUUCUUGAGUUUUUUAUACAAAGGUCCGAGCUUUCGAUUUAGUUCAUUGGAUUGGUGUGCUUAUGGAAGAUGUUUAUUGCGCUGUGAAUUGGAAUGAAGAAAGAGAGAUUCUUUGAGAGAGGAAGAAAAUGGAUUUGUGGUUAAUCGCAGCUACAGCUGCUACAGGUUAUAUAGCUAAGCAGCUGCAGAAUGUUACCAAAGGUAAAGGUAACUUUCUCGAGUCUUCUUCUUCCGAAGAGACUGUGAAGAAGCAAGAAUCUCCUUGUAGAUCCCUGCUUAGCAGAUUGGCGAAGAAACCGAACGAAAACAAGUUUGGGGAUGAAGAAGUACCAUCAACGAGCGGGGAAGGUUCAGGAAACUAUGAAGAUGUUGUUCAUUCAGAUUCUUCUGUGUUUGGUUUACUGCCUGAGUUCCUGGAGACUGGGCAUGGAUAUUGGAAAGCCAGUGGUGAGACGGAGUUGAGUUCUUCCUUUAGGCAGAGAAGGUUCGUUAGAAGGAACCAGCGGUACAGACGGUUAACUAAACCUUUGAGUUGUAUGGAAAGCUGCUUAAUGUCUCGGUUCCAUGGAGAACUGAUGACGAUGGAGGAUUACUUGACUAGCCCAUUUCCAUCUCCACGAGGUUCAGUUUCGAGGCCAUUGCUUGUGACUGAUGGGGAUCGAGUUAUUAGCAAGGGAACUGCAGAUUCUUUGUGGCUGAGCCAACAACAACAACUGACUCUCAAUGAAGAUGAGGCUGCACAUAGAAAUGAGAAGAGCAGCAAGAGUAUAAAACAUGGACUAAGUGAUGCAAUGGUGCUGCUACAAGUAGGGGUCUCGAUUGGUCUAAUCGCAUCGUUCAUGGCAAGGCAAGCCGAAGUGAGCAAAGUCAAACAAGAGCUGAAGAAGACAGAGAAUGUGGUUCAUGAUGUAGAAGAUGAGCUCGAGAUGAAAGACUCGUUGAUUGUAAAGGAGGUAGAUACUGAAAAGGCAGCUGAGAAUUCAGAGUCUAUAAGUAAUAUUGAAGCAGAGCUUGAAGCUGAACUUGAAAGGCUAGAAAUCAACAUGGUUGAGAUGGAGCAGGAUUUGGAGGUAGAAUUUGCACAAGGCGAACUGAUAGCUGACCGGGUUAGAGGGAAGCGUGAGUCCAACCAAGAUCCAAGUGGUAACUCCACACCAGAGUCAGGAAACUAUGCUGUCUCACCUCGCGAGUUGAGCUUACGGUUGCAUAAAGUUAUCAACUCACGUCUUGAGAAGCGGAUAACAGAGCUCGAGACUGCACUCCAAGAGAGCCAAAGGAAGGUGGAACAGCUGGUCAUGGAAUCAGAAAGCAAGAAGAGUUCAUGGUCAAGAGUAUGGGAAGCCCGUGAAGUGAUGACAAAUAAGAGUGACUCGAUUGCUAUAGAGCACACCAAGACUAAUAAUAAUCAUGCUGAGAUGCAACCUUUGGUUAUGAACUUAACAGGUGAAGCACUUGAUGCAUUCAACGAGUCUUACGAUGAGUUGAUGAACAUAAACGAUGACUCUGAAGAUGAUGAUGAGUCACCACUGGAGGAGAUGCACGAGAGCGAGCUUAUUCACCAUGAAGAUUUCUCGUCGACCUCACCUUGGAGCCAUCAUCAGGGGGACGAUUCCAAGGCUCAGGAGCAGGAGCUGCUAGAUUUUAUUGGUUUGGAAGAACAAGAUGAAGAGAUUAGUGACUUUGAGAGUGAAAUGGAGAAGCAACUGAUAAAGCAGAUUGUUGAGAAAACAAAACAAGGUUCUCCUGUUGUGUUGAAUGCUCAGAAGAUGCUGUUUCUCAUGGAAGAAUCAGAACAAAAGUUUUAAAAUUAGACCACAUUUAGAUUCAGUCUGAUAUAUAAAAUUUUCAAGUC